AUGUCUACCAGCAGCUGUAGUUUCAAGGACCGUGCAGUGGACUUCAUUGGAAGAUGCUAUUUCACUGAAAUCUGCAAAUGUAAACUGAAGGACAUCGCAUGUUUAAAAUGUGGGAACAUUGUAGGUUAUCACGUGAUUGUUCCAUGUUGUUCCUGCCUUCUUUCCUGCAACAACGGACACUUCUGGAUGUUUCACAGCCAGGCAGUUUACGGUAUUAACAGACUAGACUCUACUGGUGUAAAUUUCCUACUUUGGGGCAACUUGCCAGAGGUAGAAGAGAAUACAGAUGAAGACGUGUUAGAUAUCUCAGCAGAGGAGUGUAUUAGAUGA